GCAGAGGUGAAGUGAGUUCCCAUGGCUUCCAGAGAGGUGGCAAUGCCGUCUGCUCGCACCAGCGCUGCUGGUGCGGCAGCCAGUGAUGCGCCCACCGUCAAGCCCGAAGCUGCGAAAGGGAACAGUGAUGCUCCACCUUCCCAACCGCCAUUGACCAAGUCGCCGGAGCGGCCGACAUCACCCGAGCAGAGCUGUGCCAUCUGCCUGGGCCCACCUGAGAACAAGUCGUUCACAGACAGCUGCUUCCACACGUUCUGCUUUUCAUGCCUCCUGGAGUGGUCAAAGGUAAAGGCUGAGUGUCCGCUGUGCAAGCAGCGCUUCAAGAGCAUCGUGCACAAUGUGCGCUCCUUCGAAGACUACGACCAGUACUUCGUGCACGACUCUUCCCAGACCGCAGCCGCGGUGGCGAUGGCCGCAGCAUCCUCGCAGACCUCAGCGUUGGGCAGCGCCCUGCUCCUGGCCCACCACUUAGUCUACUCGCCGAUGCUGCUGGCAUUCCGCUCGACAAGGAGGCCCAGGCCACGGCCCCGCCAGCGCUCGAACCUGCACCGCACGUCGAGGAUCCCCCGCAGCGGCGGCAGGCGGACCAGGUCGGGUCGUUCGACAUCCCGCAAUGCUCCAGCCACCAUCACCCACGCAGGUCCCCUGCCCACAUCGAGCACCGAACGCCGUAGCCUGUACGAGCUGGACCUGUGGGUGUGCCCGCCAAACAACCGGCGCUCGGCACGCCACUUCUCACCGGCAUUCUUCCGCGAAAACCCUGCGUGCACGCACCGUCUCAUCCCGUGGCUCAACCGUGAACUCGUGGCUCUCCUAGGCAGUGGUGAGGCACAGAUCACGUUCACUACUGAACUCGUGCUCGCGCUCAUCACCCGCUAUGAGGUGUGCUGCCUCGAGUUUGCUGAGCACGUGCGGCCCUUCUUUGGCACUCGAACGGCACACUUUCUGCACGAGCUGGCCGCAUUUGUUGCGUCCCCACUCGACAUGGUCGCCUACGAUCGAGUGGCCGUGUACGACACGCGGGCAAACGUCGUUGCGCGCGGCACGCCCGCUGCGCAGUUUUUGCAGUCGCCCGACUCUUCGUCCGAGGACACCACUCCUCUCGUCAACAGUCUGUCACCUUUGAGGAUUUCAGCGCGCCGGGACUUCAGCCUUCCAGGCCCCAGUGGCCUUCACAAUACAACAGUCACCUUGGUAGAGACGGAUUCGGAUGACUCGGACUGCAUGAUAGUGAGCACGGUCGGGCCUGCUGUGCCGGUACCUGCUGUACAAAUUCGCCCGAGGACGCCAAUCUUCAUCGAGUUGUCUUCGUCGGACGAAGGCGAUGGCCGAUCUGGAGUGCCACCCACGGUUGCGCCACCUUCAGCGAUGGCACCCUCACAGCCCCCCGCCACCAGGAAAUGCAGACCUGUGCCUCGGAAGAAGCGUCUGCUCCAGUUCUGGUCAAGUGACUCUGGCACGUCGACUGCGAGUGACACAGACUCUGACAACGCCGGUGUCGACAGGGCGACACAGCGUCUGCAGCGGAGGAUGGCCAUGAUGCGACGGAAACGGGCAAGGGCACCGGCAGCCCAAAGCUCAGCAGCGGUGACGGCUAAAGCAGCGAGCGGCACCUCUUCUUUACCCACCCAACCUGUCGCAGCUGCUGUCCAAGACCAACCUAGUACAUCUUCGUCGGGCCAUAAUUUGUGGUUGAGAAGCAAACGGACAUUCACGGUGACGUGGGAUGAGAAUUCUACAGACGAAGCAGACUAAGCCUUUGGUUGCACCUUGUGUGGUUGGCUAUGAGGACAACAAAAAGUGUGAUAAUGUGCAGAUGACUCUUGUUGCGCUGACUGAGCCCAGCGCGUGAAUUGUCCUUUUAUCUUGCAGGUCUUUCUUUUUUUUGUCCACUGCACAUAUGUCUCGAUUGACUGAAGCUUGCUCACAUGUGAAGCAGUGUUCUUAGAAGUUAUACCUCAGUAGUCUCAUGUACGACCUUGCAAGGCCAGCUUUUUGGAGCCCAUCAUUGUAAAUUUUUCCUGUGGUUUACAGCUUAGAACAGACCAUGGAUGUCUCGGUGCAUUUUCCACUUAGCACCCGCUGUCGUUCCGAAUGCACGAGAUCCAAGUGAAACCUCGAAGGCCUUUCAGGCCCCAACAUUCCCGAUACUCUGCCACAUUACACGCGACAUCUUUCUUUUUAAGUUCCUGUUGCACAAGUUUCCAGGAGGCUCAGUAUCGCAUAAUGGGGGGGAGGGGGGGUGCUUGAGCAUUCUUUUUUUGUGGCAGUGCGCAUUGAUGCUCCGAUUGCUUAUGAGUUAAUAAACCAUGCAAUGGUGCGAUGGUGUACAGAGGGGCCCAUUUGUAUUUUACUGCCAGCUUCAGUGUGCGUUACAGUAACUUGAGAGUGGCUAUCAUUUCUGUUGCAUUUUUUAGUUAUUUCUUUCGUUUUGUUCUUCUACAGCACCUUCACCCCUGCCGUCUGCUCAUUGUAGCGAGAACAAAAGAUCAGCAAGGAUUUUACAGUUAUGUUUCGGUUCUGCAGUUCUUGCUAAUUCCCAUGCAUAUGAGGUUCCAACAAGUCUUCACUGAUGUUCACAUGAUCUAACGUGUUGGUUUUAAUAUUUAUGCAAUAGGCAUCAAACGCUCUGGUAUGGAACAACGGGUAGUUUUUAAAGGGCUUUUUUCUGUAGUUAUACCUUGCGUAAAGGGUAUGCUCGCGUAUGGAUGUCUUUCCCCCAGCUGGCUAGUUUUGUAGCAGGCUCUCUGUAAGUGGAAGUUGGUCCAAUAACUUGGUUCGGGACUAGAGCUGGUGCCGUUCAUGUUGACAGCGUUGUGGGUUUUUUUCCGCAUCUGAGAGUUGUCGCCACUUUUGCGGACUGCGAUCAACGCAGGUGUGUUAACGUGCAUUUGGAAGUGCAGUGCGUCGUGCUUCAACAGUUGAAACUGACCCCAUUAUUAUUCUGCACAGUGUAAAGGGAAAGACGCUGCGCAAAAUUGUGCACGAGCUUUGUGUAUACAAUGCGUGAACUAUCGCUGCAAUGUGAGCUCCAAUGUUGGCCCUUUCAUGCGGUGUUGAAGUUGUCCCUUCCCCCACCCUUUUUAUUUUCUUCGAACAGCAAUGUACAGGAGUCUUGCAAACUUAACAUGUUCGAAAGGCAACCAGUGUGCUUUUUUGUGACAACAGGUGUUUGGCACAUUACCUAGGAAAUGUUUUUAAAUUCUUGUUGAGAGGCAAACAGUAGUGCGCGCCUUGAAGCAUUGAUGUUAGCGAGGCACAAGUGGUUGGAUUUGUUUGCAUUUUGCUGCUGUGUUAAGCUCUUUGCUAUGCAACACCUCUCAUGCUAUUUAGUAGAGCUUUGUUUUUAUCCCGAAGCCCGGGUUUUUUAUUUUUGAAGUGUGCAACAUCAAAGGUGGGCCUUUCAGGAAACUAGCAUUUGGCAUGUUUCAGUUUGGCGCAAAUAAAAGUCCCACCGUGUACUAUAACUAAUGCAGCUAGCUUUAUGUCGCUUUUGUGGUUUCUGUAAAUCUGUUUGAAGAGCGUGUUUAGAGAGAGUACUUGCAGCUUUUUUUUUUCUAGCUUAAUAUAAUAAGUGCGUAUUUCAGAUUUAUUAGAAUAUAUUUAAUUGAAAGUGGUGUUAACUGCUGGAUUUCUGCAGAAUGGAAAUUUUAUAACCUUAGUUUUUCAAAACUACAAUGUGACAAUUUGCAUUGAAACUGCAAUUCAGAUCAUAGCUUAAAAGCAGUUAAUAAAUAAAACUUGGCUAUAUUGUUUUACAGCAAAUUGAUAUGUAAUAAUGUGUCUGGUAUUGUUAUCUUCUUUCUGUCUUUUUUAAAGUAUUCCAGUGAUGUGAUUCAGUUCCAAUAUCUGACGUGGUGUACUUGACAAGCCUGUUCUGUUGAAAUUUGUAAUCCAGCCAAAAAAAUGCAGUGGCUAUAGUUGAACAUGUUUUGUCAAUGCCUUGCCAUGGGAAUAAAAAGUGUUCAACCAUACA